AUGAAAGUUUCUCCAAACGUGGACAAGACCAAGUACUGCAGAUUCCAUAGGUAUGUCGGCCACGACACAGAUGAGUGGAACGUGUUAAAGCGACAAAUUGAAGAACUUAUCCAGAUAGGCUAUUUUAAACAAUUUGUCAAGCAACCAGGUCAACAGCAGCCGCACAACCCACCAAACAAUGUUUGGAGGAAGGUUGAUGGCUCUGAACCAUCUACCUCGAAUGCUAGAAAAAGGGAGCAUGACCAAAUAACAGAGGUAGAUGAAGUUGAAAAGGAAGCGGAGGAGCCAGGCAACACAAGAAGCAGACGAUACAUUUCAUUUAUGGGGGACUCGCGGGAGGAGACACACCGGCUGAAAGAAAGAAAUGGAGUCGCCAAAGGUCCAUUACCUCAUCGAGACGCGUUGGUGAUCAAGAUGGACAUCAAUGAUACCAUAGUACAUCGCAUACUAGUCGACACUGGGAGCUCAGCCAACGUGAUGUACUACAACGCCUUCACCAAAUUGGGGCUACCUAGGAGCCAGCUCAAAGAGGUACGAACCCCACUCUAUGGAUUUACAGGGGACUCAAUAGAGACCGAGGGAUCCGUGAUCUUGCCAGUAGAGAUAGGCACGAGUCCCAACGUCUAG